AGCCAACAACCGCGGGAGAGCCAUCCUUUGUUGGUUUCCUCCACGACGAACAUCCAAUUCUCGCAGGAAUAAUGGGCACCUAAAGCUGCGCCUGGAAUUCGUUACCCUCCCUAUCUAUUUUCGCCGUCGACCGGCAGAUGAAGAUGCGGUCGGUUUGGUACGCCUGUACCUCUGCGGCGCUUGCCGCCGCGGUGAUUGCAUCUGCCCUUCACCAGCGCCCCAACUUCUACUCCGCCAUGGUUCAUUUGGCCCAGAGUAGCCUGUCUCUCAUGAUCCUCGUUAAUUUCAUCUUCCUCAUCUAUGCCUCCUUCGUGUACGGCCUCCAACGCCUGUGCUUCGGCCAGCUCCGCCCCGUCGAGAUCGAGCAGCUCUACGAGAAGGCCUGGUUUGCCGUCACCGAGACAUGCCUGGCCAUGACCAUCUUCCGCGAGGAGAUCGGCGCCUUCUUCCUCGUCAUGUUCACGACCCUGGUCACGGGUAAGGUGUGGGGCUGGAUCGGCGAGGGCCGCGUCGAGGUCCUCGAGCAGCAGCCGCCGGCGAACCCCCGCCUAUUCCAUACCCGCCUCAGCGCCUCUCUGCUCUUCAGCGUCCUGUACGACUGCUGGCUGCUCCGGUACGCGGUCAACACGGUCGUCCAGCAGGCCCGGCCGACGAUGAUGGUCAUGUUCCUCUUCGAGUUCGCCGUCUUGGCCAUCUCGUCGUCCCAGACGGCCGUUCGUUACAUGAUCUCGUUGGUCGAGGCGAGGGUGGUCAAGGUGCAGACUGCCCAGCGGCUGGAGGAGCGCCGCAGACAAGUCAGGCAGCAAAGGGAGGAGAUCUUGAUGCGGCGGGAGAGGGAGGGCGUUGUUGAAGGCGAGGGGGAAGCCCGCGAACCCCUGCCCAACGAAGACGAUGUCGAUGAGAUGGAUAUUGAGGUUCCUGGAUGGGAGGCGAAGGGCCAGUGGGUACUCACCCUCGACCUUGUUGCCGACUUCCUUAAGCUCGCCAUUUAUUCGACCUUUUUCUGCGUCUUGUUCACAUUCUACGGCCUCCCUAUCCACAUCAUGCGAGACUUGUUCCUGACGACAAGGUCUUUUGUGAAGAGACUGGGCGCUCUCCUUCGCUAUCGCCAAGCGGUCCGAGACAUGAACAAGUACCCCGACGCCACGGCCGAAGAACUGGCCCGAGAGGACACCUGUAUCAUUUGCAGAGAAGAAAUGCGCCCGUGGGAUCCUGCCAAUCCUGGCCAAGUAGAACGAUCUCGUCCGAAGAAGCUCCCCUGCGGCCAUAUCCUGCAUUUCGGCUGCCUGAAGAGCUGGCUGGAGAGGCAGCAGGUAUGUCCCACGUGCCGGAGUUCAGUCGUAAUGGACACUCCGGCACGGGCUCCAAACGGGGAUGCUUUGGUUUUCAGGCUCGGCCUCAACUUUCCGAACGGCCAGAAUCAGCAGCCGCCAGCAAACGGCGCCGCACCAGGUGGCGGUCAAGCAGCCCAAGGCGUCCAGAACGCCCAGGACCCCCAGCAGAAUGGUGGCGGCAAUGCUGGUGUGAGGAUGUUCAACCUGGGGCCACUGAGACUAGGCUUCGCUCAGGGUGGCGUCCGGGACAUGCAAGAUAUGGCUCAGCACCUCGGCGUGCCGGGCGACGUCGCAAAUCCGCAGGCGGCCAACCAAGCGCAGCCUCCACAACCGAGAACGGGCGACGCCAACGCGGGCACCACUCUCGAGAGCCUCAACGCCCAGCUCAUGGAAGUCGGCCAACGAGUGGUGGAUGCCGGCCAGCGAGUGCAACAGGAUUUACAAAACCUACACAGCGCGGAAGCCCAGUUGCAGACGUUGAAUCUGCUGUUCCAGGAGGUAUUGCGUCUGAGCCAGAUGCAGCGAUCGCAUCAACUGCAACCGCCGCAGCAAAGCGCAACAUCACCGGGACCAGCAACUGCAGGUGCCGCGGGGCAAGUGCCUCCCGCGUUGCCCCAUCCUCAGCCUCAACCCCAUUUCCAGCAACAAUUGCCUCCGUUCGCGCCUCCAUUCCCUCAGAUACCCGGACAGCCUGGUCCAUUCCCGCAAAUGCAACCGUUCCGGUUUGUCCCGCCAACCGUCACUCGGUACAGCAGUGCAGGGCAGGCGGCGGACAUCCCGGCGGGAAGUCCAGAGCUUCCAGAAGGGAUGGUCCUCCCUCCUGGCUGGUCUCUCCUACCCCUCCAGCGGUUGGAUGGGACAGCACCCAUGCCGACCGGCCCCGCGACUCCAAGCCAACCUCAAGCUCCAACUCAAACCACGAAUCCCCUCCCCGAGAUCUUGCAGAACCUCGCGCAACAAAUCCAGAACCCACGCGCAGGUGCCAAUGGCAUGACCUCUCCCGUCGCACAGGAGACGCGCGCCCAAGAAACGCACGGAGCGCCGGGCCCGAGCAGCAACGCCAGAGACCCGGAGGCGCCGUCGGCGCCACAACAGCAGACCUCGGCGGCGGGGCCAUCGGCGUCCGACGCCCAGUCGGAUCCGCCCCCCGUGACAGCACCGACCCCGGUGAUGCCCAGCUGGGGCGGCUCGGCGCAGCUCUUCGGGAGUGGCCCCGGCCCCGGUGGCCCGCCGUUCGGCUACCAGCGCAACCAACAGCCCAGGUCCGCGCCGCUCACGCCGUCGAACGUGGAGGAGACGAGCGAGAGCGGCGGCGGUGGGGAUGGGAAGCAGAUCGCGCAGCCAUCGUCCGCCGUCCAGGACGGUGGGGGAGAGGGCAGUAAUGGCCUGGCGGAGGCGGAUGGGGCGGCGGUCGGGAAGGGGAAGGCUAGAGCUGUGACUGUGGAGGAGGGGAGUGAUAAUGAGGGCCAUGAGUGAUUGGUCGAGGGAAGGGCAAGAGAAAAGGAGACGAGAGGAAAGGACAAAGUGGAUGGGUGAGAUUGAGAUGAGAUACCAUAGCCCGGUGCACUCCCUCCAUGGAGAGUCCAGGACGGGGCCAGGGUCUUGACAUGUUUUGCAUCAUAAAAGGCGUUGGGCGGUGGCUGGGAGCUACACCUGUGAUGAUAGCUUCUUCGUUGGGUACAUCCAGCACGCGGUCCUUUUUUCUCUCAUUAUGAAGUUCACAUCGAACAGUGGAUACAAGCUUCAAGUGAUGUAUGUGAUCAUGUUUGUCCAUUAAGAGUCUAAUACACAUGCGCAUCCAG